ACGUCAACGCGGAAGUUUGAACGUAAAGAAUGAGAACUAUUUGAAGAGGUUGAAAGCUAAAUAGUUUAUACUGAGCUUCUGGAAGUAGCGCAGCAUGUUUCAACGCAACUGGACUCCGUGGCGACGGCCAGCUUAUGACAACCUGAACCCGCCACCACAAGUACACCCUUAUAACCAGAGUCAUCCAGGCCUGGAAGGUGCUAACAGAGCACAGAAACACAAUCAAACCUGGAUAGAGAGCUUGGGAAGAAAGCGAAGCUACCAUGCUCUUGACAAUGAGAGAUUGCCUCCUUAUGAAUGGAAGCCUCCUCCACUCACCUCGACAGUCGUCCCUCUACAAAUGCCAGCUAUCACCAGUGGGCACAAGAGACAAAGUAGCGAUUACAACUCUAGUGCUGUGAAACGCCAACGUCUUGACUCCUCUCCCCACCCAUCAUUAGAUUCCUCUAUUAGGAUUGCUCAUCCCCGUUGUUAUCCUGAGCCAGUGGAAUCCUCCAGAGCUUCUGUCAAUGGUCCCAAUCACAUGUUAUCCAGUCCACUCGCCUACCCCCAAACACAAGUGCUUUCUGUCCCAGAAAGCUCCAAAAGUCUACAGCUCUAUGCAAAAGACAAGCUGAGCGGUCAGAUGGUGGAGCUGUUUGAGGCGUGCCAGCAGCAGUUUUCAGAUUUGGAACGGAAGGAGUUGCUCAGAAGCUAUCUGCAGCAAGAGAUACAGAAGUUUUAUAGAGUGGGGCGGCUUUACUUGACCGGAUCUUCCAUGAAUGGACUGGGCUGCCGGAGCAGUGAUGCUGAUCUGUGUCUUGUCAUAAUGGGACAUAAAAACCAUCGUCCUAUUUCAGUCCUUAAAAAUCUCACAAGGGCAUUUCGAUACCUCUCUUGCGUUGAGAGGAUUCAGCUGAUAAGAGCAAAAGUCCCAAUUCUCAGGUUCAAGCAGAAAGGCAGUGAUCUGGAGUUUGAUCUGAAUAUCAACAACACAGUGGGCAUCAGAAACACGUUCCUCCUGAAAGGUUAUGCUUAUGCUGAUCCCAGGAUAAGACCCCUGAUCCUCGUCAUAAAGAAAUGGGCUCGACACCAUCAAAUCAACGACGCCAGCAAAGGAACGCUGAGCAGCUACACGCUGGUGCUGAUGAUCCUUCACUAUCUCCAGAUUCUUCAAGAACCAGUCCUCCCAUCUCUACAAAGAGCGUUCCCAGAUUGUUUUGAUCCCCUCAUGGACAUAGACAUGGUUCCAGAGGGAUGCAAAAACAGUCCUCCCUACACGUCAAAAAACCAGUCCUCUCUGGGACAGCUGCUGUUGGGUUUCCUCAAAUACUACACCACACAGUUCAGUUGGGAUAAACAUGUGAUCUCUGUGCGAGAAGCCGCGACUUUUCCUCGGACCAAGUCUGGAGAGUGGAAAAACAAAUUAAUUUGUGUGGAAGAGCCGUUUGAGAGAAAAAACGUUGCCAGGGCCGUUCGCGAGAAGCACAAAUUUGAUGCCAUUAAAGCGCAGUUUGCAGAGUCAUGCCGAUUACUGCAAACAACGAAGGACCUGAAUUCAAUCGUCCCAGUCAGAACCAUCAUAAAUAAGGAGUUAUCCAGGAGAUAAGAGGUUGAGAUGGUCUGACUGGAGUCCUGUGCCUCGAGAUGGGCCCGACUCCAGGAACGGUGCAAAGAUUUUGGGUUGUGCUGAGAGUCCUCUCAUCUGAUCAGGCUGAGACGUGAAACCAGAGAUAGUCUUGAAAGCAAUAGAUGGUG